AUGGGACUCAAAGGCUCGAAACCUAAACUCUCAAAAGAGGACUUGGAAUUCCUCAAGAAGAACACAAAUUUCACUGAAGAACAAAUAAAGGAAUGGUACAAAGGCUUUGUGCAAGAUUGCCCGAAAGGUCACCUCACCAAGGAGCAAUUCAUCAAAGUUUACAAGGAUUUCUUCCCUUCCGGUUCAGCAGAAGGAUUUUGUGAACAUGUGUUCCGAACGUUUGACACCGAUAACAGCGGAUUCAUUGACUUCAAAGAGUUUUUGCUAGCUAUCAAUGUGACCAGCUCUGGUACACCGGAACAGAAACUUGAAUGGGCGUUCCGAAUGUAUGACAUUGACGGCAACGGCACCAUUGAUGAAAAAGAAAUGAUCAAGAUUAUCGAGGCCAUCUACGAGAUGCUCGGACCAGAAGUUACGAAAUCAGCUGACGAUUCACCACGAAAGCGAGCAAAGAUGAUUUUCGAGAAGAUGGACGUGAAUAACGACAAGGAACUAACGCUCAAAGAAUUCGUUGACGGUUGUCUUGCCGAUAAGGAGCUGUUCCAGAUUUUGACGAAUGAAGUCAAAAAAUAA